AUGUUCGGAAUUGACUUACAAGCAGAAGAAACGCCAUAUAAAGAAUAUGUUCUUUACUUUUCCCUGUUAGCCUACGUAGGCGAACAGUACCUAAGUCUUCGUCAGUAUUGGAAACUAUGCGAACCUGAUCCCCCAAAAUCACUUCGGGACAUUGAUGAAGUGAAGAAGAAAUUUCCGAAUGCCCAGGCCUAUGGAAAAGAUAGGUUGAAGUUUAGAUUUGUAUCGGAAUCGUUUGUACAGUUGCAAACGAUAGCGUAUCUGGUUUUCGAUUUAUAUCCAUGGUUGUGGAUUGCUUCUGGAAAUUGGUUGGCAUAUGCGGGAUAUGGAGAGGAAUACGAGAUCACACAGUCGCUAGUUUUUACCGUGUUAUUGUCUUUGUUGACAUGGAUCAUGUCUCUUCCGUUGACACUUUAUAAUACCUUUGUAAUUGAAGAAAGGCACGGAUUCAACAAGAUGACUCUACGACUGUUCUUCAUGGAUACUCUGAAGGGGUUUCUAUUGGCUGGAGUCAUUGGUUUGCCCGUAGUGGCUACAGUUUUGCAGAUAAUAAAAUGGACUGGAUACAACUUUUAUGUAUACGUGUGGGCAUUUAUGUUAGUGUUUAAUUUCAUUCUGAUUACAAUAUAUCCUACAUUUAUCCAGCCGAUGUUCAACAAAGUAGAUCCAUUACCUGAUGGCCAACUCAGGACAGAGAUUGAGAAACUUGCUUCUAGUAUUAACUUCCCAUUGAAGCAGUUGUAUAAAAUUGAUGGGAGUACGCGGUCCGCGCACUCAAACGCGUAUUUUUAUGGAUUCUUUAAGAACAAGAGGAUUGUUCUCUUUGAUACUUUGCUAGAUCAAGUAGAACGAGAAGAGAUUCUCGCUAUUGUUGGUCACGAAUUGGGUCACUGGGCGCUCAAUCACACUGUAAAAGUCCUAGUAAUAUCACAAGCACAGAUAUUCAUUCUGUUCUAUGUGUUUUCUCAGUUCAUAAACAAUAAAGCGCUUUAUGAAUCGUUCGGCUUCACCACUAUGCCAGUGCUAAUUGGAUUGUUCUUGUUCCAAUUAAUAUAUGCACCCGUCGAGACUGUGACCACGUUCUUAAUGAAUGUUCUCAGUAGGAAGCAUGAAUUUGAGGCUGAUGCAUAUGCCAAGAGGCUAGGAUUUGGUGCUCAGCUGCGCUCUGGGCUUAUUAAAAUCCAAGUCAAGAAUCUAACAAAUAUAAAUAACGAUGAUUGGUUUUCAAAAUACCACUUCUCCCAUCCUCCUCUUCCAGAGAGGCUGAACGCUUUGGAGAAGACUGAAUAG